AUGACAUCUCCGGACCUUCGGGUCUGGUUACUUGUCAUUUUCUCGAUUACUUGUUCUGUAACAAGUCAAUCCGAUUAUGAGCAGUUUCAAGAGUUUAUAACAACAGAAAGCGAGAGAGGGCUAUUUCCAAACAUUUUCAAUUUGGCAACAAACUCUCUGAUUAACGCUACAUCCACUUGCGGUCAGACGCAUCGUGAAGAAUACUGUAAGCUUGUAGAACAUGUCUUAUUGAGAAAAACCUAUCAAGAAGACUCGCCUCAAUGUGACAUAUGUGAUGCUAAUGAUGUUCGGCAUCGGCAUCCUAUUGAGUUUGCAAUCGAUGGUACUAGAAGAUGGUGGCAAUCACCUUCUCUGGCUAAUGGCUUAGAGUUCGAAAAAAACAAUAUCACUAUUGAUUUACGUCAAGAGUACCAAGUUGCUUAUAUCAUAAUAAAAAUGGGAAACUCACCUCGACCUGGAACAUGGGUUUUGGAGAAGUCUUUGAACGGAGUUGAUUAUACUCCCUGGCAAUAUUAUGCAAAUUCUGAAGCUGAAUGCAUGAGGUUGUUCGGAAUUCCAGCCACAUCAGGAGUUCCUCGUUAUCAGAGAGAUGAUGAGGUUCACUGCACCAGUGAAUAUUCAAAAUUAACUCCAUUGGAAGGAGGAGAGAUUCACACGUCUUUAGUCAAUAGAAGGCCAGGAGUUGAGAAACCUUCUCUCGAGCUACAAAAGUUUACAAAAGCUCGGUAUGUUAGGCUUCGUUUGAUAUCCCCUCGCACUCUUAAUGCGGAUUUGAUGAUAAUUAACAGGCACUCACAUCGUAUUGAUAAGUCCGUUACAAUGAGAUACUUCUAUUCAAUCUCUGACAUAUCCAUCGGUGGGCAAUGUAUAUGCUAUGGUCACGCUGAAAGCUGUCCUAGUGAUCCUGUAACAGGACAAUUCAAAUGUGAAUGCCGGCACAACACUUGUGGGGAGUCCUGUAAUCGGUGUUGCCCACUUUUCAACCAACUACCUUGGAAAGCAGGGACCAACAGUCAUCCUAAUAUUUGCCAACAAUGUCAAUGUUUCAAUCAUGCUGAUUCUUGCGUUUAUGACGAAGAGCUCGACCUCAAUAAAUGGUCUAUCACGCCUGAAGGAGUUUACGAAGGAGGCGGAAGAUGCAUCGAUUGCAAACAUAAUACCGUUGGAUAUAACUGCGAAAGAUGUCAAGACAGUUUCUAUAGACCAAGUGGGCUGUCCCAUUAUAGGGAAGAUGCCUGUCGACCUUGUGAUUGUGACCCGAUCGGUUCUGUUAGUGACGUCUGCAUAAAAGAUGAUCAGUCUGCCAUCAACGGACAACAACCUGGAGAUUGUGUUUGCAAACCUGGUUUCGGAGGUAGACGUUGUGAACGAUGUGCGCGUGGUUAUCGUAACUAUCCAAACUGCGAACCUUGUCCUUGCAAUCAGGCUGGAUCUCUCAAUUACGACCAGUGCGAAGAGGCCAAUUGUCAAUGCAAAGCUAAUGUCGAAGGAGUUUACUGUGACAGAUGCAAGGAGGGAACAAUUCAUUUAUCAGCUUCAAAUCCUCAAGGAUGUCAGCCUUGUUUCUGUUUUGGUAUGACCAAAAACUGUACACAAGUUGACUGGUUGAAAUCCGUGGUUUCCAACAAUAUUGGUUGGAAUUUAACCGAUUUGACUGGAGGCAAAGACAUACGACCUGAGACUGAGAACGGCGAAGUUCUUCUCUUCAAUGCUAAUCAGAAUCGAGAUCGAUCAUUAUAUUACUGGAAGGCUCCUGAUAGCUUCAGUGGUAACAUGCUAAAUAGUUACGGUGGAAACUUGCUGUAUUAUGUUUAUUAUGUACCGCAAGAUCAGGGCAACCCUGUUCCUGUUGCGGAUUUGAUUAUCGAAGGCAACGGGAUUAAAUUGGAAUAUUAUUCAAGAAUGGAGUUUUUCCCAAGAGAAAAUAUGACUGUUCAAAUCCCUAUCAGGGAGGGUUCAGGGUGGUAUAAUUCGGCAUCUCGAACUUCAGUAGACAAGGCGGACAUGAUGAGAGCGCUGGCAGACGUACAAAAGUUUAUGGUCAGAGCAAUGUAUCAGCAAAACCAAUUGCAAAGCUCAAUUUUCGGAUUGGCCUUAGACACCGCUGUGCCACAACCGGAAGAAAUGGAUGACGAAGACGAAGAAAACGUACUAGUUCCUCCAGUUGUUGACUUGUCGAUGAGGGGUGUUGAAGUAUGUAGUUGUCCCCCUGAUUUUGUCGGCAAUAGUUGUGAGUCUUGUGCACCCGGAUUCCGACGCGUUAACAAUCAACUGUAUGGAGGACGUUGUGAAAAAUGUGAUUGUAACGGUCAUUCUGAUAAGUGUGAUCCCCACACAGGAAAAUGCCUUGAAUGUCAGCACAAUACAGCGGGACCACGUUGCGAACUGUGCUUGUCGGGAUAUUACGGAAACCCUUCCCUAGGCGGAGAAAUGGGGAUGUGCCUUCCUUGUGAAUGCCCUUCUUUGGAGAACAAUCGUUCCCCAGAAUGCAUGAUGACUCAGUUAGUUGUCUCAGGAGCAGCAGCCUCGAAAGAAGAUGAUUAUGUUUGCACUGCAUGCGAGAAAGGAUAUGAAGGAAACAAAUGCGAAGUUUGUGCCGAUGGAUUUUUCGGAGAUCCGAUGUCUGAGAAUGGAACUUGUGUUGACUGUGCCUGUAAUGGCAAUAUCGAUGUUAUGGCCAUUGGCAACUGUGACACAGUUUCUGGUAAAUGUCUUAAGUGCAUUGGGAACACUGCUGGUGACCAUUGUGAGGUCUGCAAAGAAAAUCAUUGGGGAAACGCUCUGGACCAUACUUGCAAAUCUUGUGGAUGUCAUCACAUCGGUUCUAUUAUUCAGCAAUGUAGUUUGGAGAAUGGUGACUGCGAAUGUAAAGAAAACUACAUUGGAAAACAUUGCGAUCGUUGCAUGGAUGGCUUCGGAGAUGUGGAAAACGAUUGUCCGAAGUGUAAUUGUGAUCUCGUCGGAAGUAUUGGAUCUGAAUGUGACGCUGUCAGUGGUCAAUGUGAUUGCAAGCAAGGUGUUUUCGGAAAGCAUUGUGGUCAAUGUCGACCAUCAUACUUCAAUUUGACGAUAGAAGGAUGUCAAUUUUGCCAUUGUAACAUAUAUGGUUCCAUUGAAGAUGGCAAAUGCGACACUGUUACCGGAAAAUGUGAAUGUAGAGAAAAUGUAGCCGGGAAAAUGUGUGAGAAAUGCGAAGAUGGGUUCUUCAAUAUAUCUAGCGGAGAAGGAUGUCAAGCCUGCGAUUGCGAUGUCACUGGAUCACUCAGCUCGGCUUGUAAUAUUGUAUCAGGGCAAUGCGAAUGUAAAGCUGGUGUUAGUGGUCUAAAAUGUGAUAAAUGCUUGGCAAAUCAUUAUGGAAUGGAUGAAGAAGGAUGUAAAGAAUGUGAGCCUUGCCCUGCCCCUGGACAAGUGUGCGAUUCGGACACUGGUGAAUGUAUAUGUCCUCAAAACACAAUUGGCGAUAUGUGUGAAGAGUGCGCGGACGAUUCCUGGAACUACCAUCCUCUCAACGGGUGUCUCAAAUGUGAUUGUAGUUCUAUCGGUUCCAACGAUGCUGGUUCUUGCGAUACUGCUACAGGGCAGUGCGCAUGUAAAGAGGGAUAUGUCGGUUUGAAGUGCGAUAGGUGUACUCAUGGAUUUUUCAAUUUCCCCAACUGUGAACCUUGUAAUUGCAAUGAAAAUGGAACUGAUACUACUCAAUGCAAUGAUGGGCUCUGUCUGUGUGAUGAUAGUGGGCAAUGUCCAUGCAAGAAAAAUGUAGAAGGGAUGAAGUGUGAUACAUGCAAGGAGCAUACUUUCAGUAUUGAUGCUUCCAAUCUCUUAGGAUGUACUGAAUGCUUCUGCUUUAAUCGUAGUACAUCAUGCAUGCAAAGUGAACUUUAUUGGCAACAAGUGUAUGCAGAAGAUCGCCGGGCUGUUUUUGAGGAGCCAUGGGACUUCUAUACGAAAAAGCAUAGUUUGAAUGUUCUGAAAAGUCACCCUCUUCGGUUGAACAGUUAUCCUACCGACGCUACUCCUGUGUAUUGGCAGCUGCCAGAAACUAUGACGGGAGAUCGCACCAGUUCUUAUAACGGCUUUUUACGCUUUAAAAUAAUUAAUGAAGACAAUAGGCGUGGUCUUCUUGGAGUAAGACCUGAGCAACAGUACUUCCGCUACUUCCCCCAAGUUGUGCUUGUUGGAAAUAACCGCAUCGAGCUUGAACAUAUUCCAACGGAGAUAAAAGAAGAUGGAAAGUAUAAAAUUCGAUUGCAUGAAACGGAAUGGAGAAUGCGUCAUGCCCCAGAACUAUCAUUGACAAGAAAAACUAUGAUGAUAGCCUUACAAAAUCUCCAAGGAAUAUAUGUUCGAGGAACAUAUAACUAUCCUGCACGAGGUGACGCCAUAAACAUAAAGGAAAUCUCCCUAGACGUUGGAGUCAGUAAAUCCGAAGCUGCAUCCGAUAGCUUGGCUAUCGGUGUAGAAAAAUGCGUGAGCUGUCCACAAGGAUAUUCAGGACAAUCUUGCCAAAACCCUGACGAAGGAUAUUGUCGAAAAAGACAUCGCGACUAUUUGAAUAACAUCGAUGAUUUGACAUUAAUUGGUUGGUCAGAGCCAUGUCAGUGCAAUGGACAUUCUACAACAUGUCAUCCUGAAACAUGUGUCUGCACGGACUGUCUGCACAACACAAUCGGAGAUAUGUGUGAGCUUUGUCGGAAUGGUUUCAUUGGAGAUGCGCGAGAAGGAGGUUCAGCUGCUUGCACUCAAUGUGCCUGUCCUCUAAUUGAGAACUCAUUCUCGGAUUCAUGUGUUGCUGUAACUUAUGGUCGUGGCUAUGUAUGUAAUGCAUGCCGUAAAGGAUACACAGGUCAGUACUGCGAAAAUUGUCAAACUGGGUAUUUCGGUAACCCCGAAAUACCAGCUGGCUUCUGUGAGGAAUGCAACUGUCACCCAGAUGGAAGUUUGAACAGUAAUUGUGACCCUUUAACUGGUCAAUGCGAAUGUCGACCCGGAGUUACGGGAAGAGAUUGUAGCCGUUGUCAGGAUAGACAUGCCUUCAUCGGAGGCGUUUGCACAUCUUGUGAUCAAGGAUGCUACCUUCCAUUGAUGCUGCUUAUCGACGAUUUAGAGGAGACAUUAUCCAAGCAAAACUUCAGUAACCUAAAACCAAUACCUUGGAAGCGCGUUGCUCGUAUUGGCAACAAUACAGAACUGAUUUCUGAAUUUGUCAAGUCGCUGAGUUCAUCAUCUGGAGGAAGCGAAUCUGAUGUCCAGCACAUCGUGGCAGAUAGUAAAUACGCAAAAGAAGCUUUUAGCGUUAUUGAAGAAGCUAGAUUCCAAAUGGAACGCAUGGAAAAGUCUGCCCUGUCUAUCGGACAGUUCACUGGAUUAGCUGAAAAAGCGAUACUAGAUGCUCAAGUUGCUUACGCUAAUGCAUUCAACAUCACACAAUUUUUGAAGCAUUUCCAUACAUAUGGUGGCUCUUCUGUUGGUGGAGCAACUUUAGAUUCUUGGGCCCUUGAAUCGGAAGCUCAUUACAACGCAACAUUGGAUCGAGGACUCUACAUAGAAAAGCGUUUGAAUCGAGCUCAAGCUGAGCAUCAAAAGAAUGAGGAACUUUUGAAGAAGGUUUUCUCCAAAAAGUUGAAUGAUACAGUUUUCGAAAACUUAACCAAUCGUCUGCAAGAGUUUGGACAAUGGUUAGAAGAGUUUCGCAUUACUAUUCAUGAUACCUCACGCAAGGAUACACAAGAAGCUGAGCGUAUGACCAACUUGGUAUCGAAACGGAUAGACCGGUAUAAGGAAGUAAGCAACGAAAUCGAGAAACAUCGUGCAGAAGCUGAAGACGUCUUAGCAAAUGCAAAGGACGGAACAGAGAUGGCGAAGUCAGAUCUAAUGCAAGGAAUGAUCUCCGACGUCCAGCAUAUCAAUCUGACUUUAGAACGUGCGAAUGAAAGCGCAGAUAAAUGCAGUAACUUAACAUUACUGUACGCUCAACUAAUAGACGAAUAUGAUGAACAAUAUGUUCAAAAGUCUUCAGAACAUGCCACUCAUUUAGCUCAUGAAGGCAAGCGAUUAAAAGAUCAGUUUAAAGGAACCCAAGCUGAGGCGGCCAACCCUUUGAGAGCAUCGCAAGCUUAUGAAGACAUUGUUGCAGCUCUACGGAACGCAAGUCAUGCAUCUGCUAAAGCUUUAAAGGCAGCCAAUGAUGCUCAUUCUGAAGAUGUGGAAUCAGAAACAUCCCAGUUGAAGCAAGUUCAAGCAGCCAGUGAACAAAGUAAAACCUUAUCGGUUGAAGCUGAUUCACUCAAAAAAGAAUGGACUAAUGAAGAGUUUGAGAAGCAAAGAGAGAAACUGAACGAUCGACUAGCUUCUGUCCACGAUUAUAAUAUUGAUAUGAUCAAAAGAAAUGAUGGUAUUCGAGGACAAUGGAAUAAGUUCGACGAUCACCAUGAUCGUAUGGCAGGAUUACAAAGCGUUGCUAGAGACGCGGACAAAAAAGCUGAGAACAUUCGUAAAACAGCUGAAGAAUUGAAGCAGGAGGUCCGGCAAAUUAAUGAUGAGACUGCAAAAUUAGAAAACAGUACGCGUCAGGGGAUACAGGAGGAACUGAUCAAGUUACGUGAUGCCCGCACGCAUCUGGAAAAGCAAACUAAUGUCCUCGGUCGUGUUGGCGGCUUAUCAUCGGCUAAUAGGCAAAGAGCAGAUGAAAUGGAGAAACAGCUGAGUCUUCUCAAGGAGAGGAUCAAUGAAGCACGAGAGCGUGCCCAAGAAAUUCGUUUGUCUCUUUCCAGCUCUGAAGUUAGUACUUGCCAUCGAAAAUAUGUAUCACCCGCUCAUCCUUCGCCAGCUAACAAAAUUUCGAUCAAGUAUAGACCUCAAAGGGUAGUCCCAGACUCCGCUGUCUUAGUAACGAAAACAAAGCAUCGCAGAACUGUGGCUAGUGAAUAUAUCGCUGUUGAAAUAAGAGACAAACGAGUUGUAGUCCAUUGGAAUGUUGGAGCUGGAAAAAAAAUGGCAACGAAUAAGCAUCCAAUCAACUAUAUCCCAUCAACUGAUCGUAGUUCAUGGUAUCAUAUUGACGUUAUGCGUUUCGGAAAUGCCAUUAAUCUUACGGUCUCCGUUCAAGAAACUAUUGGAUUAGAACCUUCCCGAGCUCGUAAAGACGCGGUUUCUGUUUUAGUUGGAGAGUCCAAUAGCUCAGGAGAUGUUAUUUUUAAUACUGUUCCUGGACAGACAUUGCUAGAAGCCGGUGUAGAGCAAUCGGAUGCUUCUGAUAUAGGUUUGGCUACGCAUAAAUUCUUCGGAACUAUUGGGGAAAUCAACGUGGACGAUGUUUCCGUUCCACUAUGGACGUUUGAAAGCAGUUCGACCACAUGCUCAGGCGACAUUCCACCUCCGCAAUCGCAAAAUCGAGGUCAUAUGUUCCGAGAUGGUUUUGCUCUUGUGAAUAUCAAUGUACAAGAAAGAACAUUGUCUUCAUACGCAGUUAUAUUCAACGCGUAUUCUCCCAACGGUUUGCUAUACUUCCGAGGAAGCACAGAAUCGGGAGAUUUUGCUGCAAUCUAUUUGGAAGAUGGCUACGUUGUGUUCAAAGUACACCUCGGAGGAGAAUCCACGGCAAUCAUACGCUCGAGAAACUCAUAUAAUGACGGCAAGCAACACACCGUCAAAGCCAUACGCAAUCAGGAUGAAGUUCAUCUACAGGUUGAUAGUGAUGCUGAUCGUUCAUCUUCUACUCUGCCAGGAGAAAACACAGCCCUAAAUAUCAACAACGAAGAUCAUUUUGUUGCCGGAAUUCCAGCCGGCUUCAAUGUUUCUAAAUUUGGCCAGCACAAUAUACAAUGGAGGUCUUUCUUUGGAUGUAUUCAUUCUGUGAAGUUAGCUGGAGUUGUUGAACUGGACUUGAGAUCUCCUGUUCGAUCUCAUCGUCGACAACCUGGUUGCUUGUUCACAGACGAAGAAAGACUUCAACCUACUGAUCGUUUAGUAGGGUUCUCUAAACCAGGCUACCUUUUGACACAAGGUGUUAUCAUGGAUAACAACUCAACAUUUGGUUUUUCAUUCCGCACAAAGGAAGAGAAUGCUACGUUGGUGUUCCAAUCGUCCAAGUUAUCUGAUAACCGAAGAAAGCAAAGAGAUGCCACCAACGAUGGAAAAGGUUUCAUGGCCUUUUACCUUUUCCGUGGUUAUCUUGUCUUACAUUUUGGCAAAGAUGCUUCAUCUCGAAAAGAUGUUGUUACAAUCAGAAGUAGUCAAGUGUACAAUGAUGGCCAAGUUCACUCCGUUUUCAUGAGCAGGAUUGAGAGAAUAAUCCGCUUACGAGUUGAUGAUAAAGAAGUUGGAGAUGGGCAACAACUGGAAGAUCAGAGUUCCAUCGGAAACUCGAACAGUCAGAUGUUCCUUGGUGGACUAUCCGAUAGGUCUAAGCCAUCAAAUGGAGAAAUUCCAUCCACAAUUCCCCUGAUUGGUUGUAUUUCGGAUAUGGUUCAUGAUUAUAAACCACGAUCGUUCAUUCCGGAAGAUCACGAGGCAGAAAUAGGAAUAUGUGCCAUGGAAUCUUAUCACUUCUAUCCUUUCGAUGAUCCCAUUGAUGGAGAAGCUCCAAAAGGACUUCGCAAGGAUUCUCGAAUUGCUCAUCAGCUAGAUAGGGAAUACUAUGAUGUUCAUUCGACUCUUUCUUCUCAGAACAUCACCAGAUCCACAUCCGAAACACCACUGUGUCCUGGAACAAUCAGCCAGUUCUCAUAUGAUGAAGAACGAGCUGCCAGGUUUGGAUUAUCCAAAAGCUCUCACAGUCGAAUAAACUUCGAAGCUGGAAAUUACCCUAAUAUGACAUCCUUCUCGAUCAGCAUGUCCGUGAGAACGGAACAAGAGAACGGAAUGUUGUGGGUAUGGGCAAACUACAAGACCUAUUCAAGAUACAUUUACUUAAAUGUGAUUGAUGGAUUCGCUGUGCUUGAGGUGAAAGGCCAUAAACAGCCGAAGACUAUAAGAGCCUUAGAACGAAAAAUCGAUGACGGGCAUUGGCACGAUAUUGUGAUAACUAAGAAUGAUAGGCAAAUAUCUAUAAUCAUUGACGACCUGCCUCCUGAAGUUAUGACAGAUGCACCAGCUCCUAAAGUUAUGAAAAGGCGGAUGUAUAUUGGUGGUGUUAUCUCGAAACAUCGUAGAUUAUUCGAUUUGACGAUUCCUGGAUUUGAUGGAUGUAUUCGAGAUUUGCGCUUCAACGGCGUUCCUCAAUCUCUGGAUGCAACCUCUCGUGAUGUUCGAACAGGAGUUUAG